UCUGAUAUCUUUCAUGACUAUUGGCCUUGGUGACUUGGUCACGGAUUUAGAACGUCUCUAUCAGGUCUAGACGCCGACUUUUUUUAACUGUGAUUUCACGUAAAAUCUGUCACAUUCUGUUGAGGUUACGAAAUACGCUGAUUACGCUCCGCCCAAGCAGUUUGCACCAUUUAAUUCCUGUAAAUGGCGUUUCUUCGCGACAGAUCUGUAUUUUGUAUCCCUAAAACGAUUGUUACAUACAAAGAACGAUAUAUAAUUGGUGGAAUAUGCAUGGUAACAGCCACUGUUGGCUUUACUGGAGCUGCACUUCAACUUAGAUCACUAAGGCAAUAUAGAGAUCGGCAAAGAAGACGGCCUUCUCCAAAUCCAGAUAUUAUAUUCUAUCUGGCACUUUCUGAUUUAAUAGCUUGUGCAGGUGUAUUUGCUUUGGCUAUUUGUUUAAUGGUUUUGGAAAUACCUGCAAGUAGAAAAGAGGGUUUGAAAACUAUAACAUACAUACCAAAACAUGACAGUGUUUAUGCACCCAUUGGAACUAUUAUUGAGAUGAUAACUUUAUUUGGGUACUUUGCUUCCUAUAUAUGGACAUUUUCCUAUGCCUUGGAUACCUGUUUUCAAAUUUAUAAAAAAGAAUGUCCUAUGAUUGUUUAUCAUAUAAUUGCAUGGUGCAUUCCAUUGGAACUCAUAGCAAUAAUUGAAGCUGUAAAUUGGAUAGAAUAUCCGCUUACGUGUGAGAGUGGUGCUGGAAGUUUAUCUAGGGUGUACUUGUCUUAUACCCCGGUAAUGAUAGUGAUGGUUGUUAAUCCUAUUAUCUUUAUUAUAACUUAUAACAAAGUUAAACAACAAUUACGAUCCUCUGGUAGCUAUACUGAUGCUCAUCGUAGUGCACUUUACACAUGCAGGAGAAAGUUUUUUUGGAUGGUCAUUGUUUUCACAGUAUGUUGGCUUCCAAAUAUCUUUUCAAUCACGUACUUUUUAAACCACUUCAAAGAAUAUUCACAUAAGAAGUCAAACUUGGAUAUAUUUUGGUAUAUCGAGGCUUUCUUGAAUCCACUUCAAGGAAUUUUUAACUAUUUCCUCUAUCGUCGAGCAUUUCGAGUAACAGCAACAGACACUCGACCUGAACCUAAUGCGUUACCACGUGUUAAACGAGUUCCCUCAGAAAGACUUGGUAAGUUUACCCCACGUCAAGUCUCAAAGAAUCGCACAUUGCAAAGAAUUAUGGCUUCAACGUCAAGUCAAGACGAAGAGGCGCCACUCAUCCGACCAAGAAGCGCGGAAGCACCUCCUCAAUAUGUGUAUAACAGUAGACUGUUAGGUCACGAGGAUAUAGGUAAACUGGUAGAAUAACUAAAUAGUUUGUUUAGGUAUAGGAGUAAUUUUAUUUGAUUUAAUGGGUUUUUAUACUAUAUAGAGAUUAGUCGGGUUGCUACCGUAUCCUGCUUAAGCCUAGCGAACCCUAUGAUGAUAACUGGAACGAUAACUCGGUGACCAUCUUUGAAGCUAAUUUGAAGCCGGAUCGGGCCCCAGUACCAGUUGGUUCAAUGGUUCCAUUGUUUCUGUUUUCACGUUCGGCGAUCGAUCACGCCGAGAGAAACAGUAGAAAGACUGGCAUUCCUACUCAAUCUGGCUUCAAAGUGGUGUCAAAAAUGGCAACGAAAUAUAAUUCCAUAUUUAGUAAAUCCUGAAUGGCAAACCUAUGUUGAGAUUAGGUACGUAUUAAUUAGGCCUGUUUUCCACUUCAAGCGUAACGUAACGUAUUUCUGUCUUUCCGAGUAUUCGACACGAACUAAUGACUUUAAAACAACGAGAUACGCUACGUUUCGCUACGAUACAGUAAAAGUGGAAAACGGCCUUUAGGGUUUGAUUAAGAAUGACCUAGAAUUGACAUGGAAAUGAGAGGAUAACUUAUAGCUAGGUAGAGAGAACGCGGUAAACUAACGGGAUCCGAGAGAUACAAACGUCGUAUACCUACAGAAAAGGAUAAAAUAUUGUCGGAGAAACAGGUUGAUGAACACCAAUUUUUUGGUUGAAAUUUUAUUUAAUGUUAUUAAGCAUAAUAUAAUAUCAAUAUUGAAUUUGCCAUAUUUAUAUUAAUAGUAUAACUUAAAGCAAAAACACCCGUUAUAAUAGACAUAAAUUAUAACCCACGCGUUUUAUAUAUUACAAAUUGUAAAUUAAAACACAUAACACUGCACCUUCAUUUAUACAGUAUUUAUUCCAACACGAUAAAAUAAUACUGAUGUUGAUUUGACUAACAAUACUUUGUUUGGGAUCCUUUACCAGCAAACAAUUUCUGAUGAGACAUACUCCAAUGGAGACCUUGCAGCGAGGUAUGGGCUUUAAAUUUAAAA